CACUUCAUUCCCUUCCACUGACCCUCCUCAUGGCUCAGUCUGAAUCGCCCUUCUCACUAACAGAUCUCAGCAACAAACUUGAGAUUGGCUCUCGCCCCGGCACCCUCUGGUCCCUCAGCAGCCAAAAGCCCGGGCACGGCGUCCGCCAGCUUCGUGAUGCCGACCUCGAACAACUAUGGCAAUCCGAUGGUACACAGCCACAUCGCAUCACAAUCGACUUUGGUCGUCGUACCGCUGUCACGCACGUCUCUCUCUGGCUCAAUGUGCGGCGAGACGACUCCUAUACCCCAACAAAAGUCCUAGUCGAAGCGGGAACCGACUACCAUGAUUUGACCGAGGUGCGCUUCAGGCAAUGGGACUCUGAUGCCUCACAAGCUCCAAUUUGGACUUGGAUGAUUCAAAUUAGCGUCUUGGCCAAUCACCAAAAUGGCAAGGAUACACAUGUUAGAGGAUGUCUAGUUUGGGGACCC